UUGACGUUCGAACGAUCUGUUAGCCUCAAUAUCAGGCGUUCUGAAGUUAAUUUAUUUAAAAUAAAGAUUAAUUUAGUUAAACAGGUCAGAAGAAGCCGCAGAUUAAUCAUGUCAAUGGAGACUGUACCUAAAGAUUUACGCGGAUUGCGAGCAUGUCUAGUCUGUUCAUUGAUUAAGACAUUCGAUCAGUUUGAAUUUGACGGUUGCGAUAACUGUGAUGAGUUUCUUCGCAUGAAAAACAACAAGGAUAACGUGUUUGACUGCACAAGUUCGAAUUUUGAUGGAAUGAUUGCAGUGAUGAGCCCAGAAGAUAGUUGGGUCUGUAAAUGGCAGAGGAUAAACCGUUUCUGCAAAGGUGUAUAUGCAAUUUCUGUGUCAGGGCGUUUGCCAGCUAAUGUCAUAAGGGAAAUGAAGAGUAGGGGGAUUGUGUACAGGCCACGUGACACAAGUCAAAGAUAGAUAAAAUUAUUUACUUUAUAGUGGCAUUAUUUUUUUUGUUUUUUAUAAUUAAUACCGAGUCUGGAGCGUGAUCAAUAAAAUCUUUGUUAU